CGUAGCAAUGGCACCGGUUGUGAACUUUAUUGAUCGGAUGUAGGCUGGCUCCUGCCGAUUAAAUCAAUAACAUAAGCACAAAAUGAAGAUACUGAGACGACGGAGAGUUAUUCUAGUGUUUUUAGUUUUAAUAUGGGUUGGAGGAAUGGCAUAUUUUCUUACUAAUUUGUCAACGAAAGACGAGUCACUUACUCAAGAUUACCAAGGCGACUUGGGGAAAGAYAGCAGCGAAGAAUUUUUAUUAAGGGAAAAGCAAGAACACAGACAAACCAGAGAACACAGAGAAGAGAAAGAAGAAACAUUAAAUAAUGGCCGUGUUAUCGGCAGCGAUGAUGAACAUGAUACAAGAAAAAUUAGUGACUUUGAUACUGCUGGUUAUAUUACCAAAAAUGGCUACAAAGAUGGGGAGGAUGCUUAYGCAAGAAAUGCUUACAAUUUAAAAGUCAGUGAUAAAAUUGCUUUUGACAGAGAGGUACCUGAAGUCAGAGAUGCAGAGUGUCAACAUAGGUCUUGGCCAGGAGAUUUACCUACUACAACAGUAAUAAUAUGCUUUCACAAUGAAGGCAGAAGUGCACUUCUUAGGACAGUAAUAAGCACAAUUAAUAGAAGUCCUCCAGAGCUUUUAAAAGAAAUAAUAUUGGUUGAUGAUUUUAGCGAUAAUCGUAAGUUGACUAUAUACAAGAUCAAAGGUACAUCAAUUUCUUUGUACUCUAAUGCUAAUUAUUUUUUUAUCAUUUUAGCCGAUGAUGGGAAAGAAUUAUUAAAACUACCAAAAGUUAAACUAAUAAGAAAUGACAAAAGAGAAGGUUUAAUUCGUUCUCGUGUAAAAGGUGCUGAUGCUGCUAAAGGUGAAGUACUAACAUUCCUGGACAGCCAUUGUGAAUGUAGCAAAAAUUGGUUGGAACCGUUACUUCUUAGAAUUAAACAGAAUUAUAAAACUGUAGUUUCACCAAUUAUUGAUGUCAUUAAUAUGGAUAAUUUUGAAUAUCUUGGUUCAUCUUCAGACUUGAGAGGAGGGUUUGGAUGGAAUUUAAAUUUUAAAUGGGAUUUCUUACCUGCCCGAGUAAUUUCCGAAAGACAAGGAAAACCUACUUUACCAAUUAAAACACCAGUAAUAGCUGGAGGGUUGUUUUCCAUUGACAAACAGUGGUUUUCAACAUUAGGAAAAUAUGACAUGAUGAUGGAUGUAUGGGGUGGUGAAAAUCUAGAAAUCUCAUUCAGAACUUGGCAGUGUGGAGGCGUCAUGGAAAUUAUCCCAUGUUCAAGGGUUGGUCAUGUGUUCCGUAAUCGACAUCCUUAUAAAUUCCCUGGUGGAAGUAUGAAUGUGUUUCAAAAAAAUACUAGAAGAGCAGUGGAAGUAUGGAUGGAUGAUUAUAAACGAUUUUACUACGCUGCUGUACCUUAUGCCAAAAAUACCCCAUAUGGAAACAUCCAAGGAAGGCUUGCCUUAAGAAAAAGACUUCAGUGUAAGCCUUUCAAAUGGUUUGUUAAGAAUGUUUACCCAGAACUCAAAGUGCCAGCAGAUGAUAAUACCAAGGCAUUUGGUGAGAUAAAACAAGGMAAUCAAUGUGUAGAUACACUGGGUCAUGCUGUAGGGCAGAAUAUUGGUUUAUAUGAAUGUCAURGUGCUGGUGGUAAUCAGAUGUGGACUCUUACUCAAAAAUCUCUUCUAAAGCAYGAUUCAGCAUGUUUGGGUGUUGACGAUGAAGUGGCUUUGCUCCAGGAUUGUGAUGAAAACAAUACAAAACAGCAUUGGGAAUAUGAAAAAGAUCUCAGUAGAUUACGGCACAAGAAAACUGGACAAUGUCUGGACAGCGACAAGACUAAAGAAAAAGGACUUGCCUUGAGCUUGUGCUCAGAUAAUUAUUCACAACACUGGGCAUUUGAAGUCAGCUUAUAACAUUUUGUAAGAUAGGAGUUUUUCAAUGAUAUAAAAAGAAUGCAGCAACCAAAUGACUUUAAAGACCCUUUUAUAAAUUUGCAAGUGUGGAGGAAAAUGUGAUUUUUUGUACCAAACCUUUUAAGCUGAGCAUGAUUGGUCCAUGGUUGCCUGCUUCUGUCUAGAGUGAUUUUUUACUUGUGAAAUARAAUGCUACUAGCUCAUAAGAAUAUGGCCUGUGUACAUUCAUUCCCACCCCUCCCCCCUAAGGGGAAAAUUUGAAUAUUUUUUGCCGUAAGGGGGAGGGGUGGGACUGAUGUACAUAGGCUAAUAAGAAUUGUUUGUGUUCAUACUUGACUGCAGUUACAAUUCAUUCCAGCAAUGCAUUCAAAUUCAUUGGAUUUUAUAUGCCUCAGUAAAUAAUUUUGAGUAUAACUGAGGGUUGUUCAAUAAUCUGACAAAUUUACAUUGUAAGCAUAGAGUACAAACAUUAAAUGUGUGCAACACUUGCCACUAUUUACUAAAAAAUGGUGUUAAUUAAACAAUAGAAAACAAUAGAAUUAGCAUAAUUUAGCAGUAUUUAGUGGUAUAUAUGUUGCACAGUUUGUACUCUAGUAUUGCAUCUGCAUAACAAUAGAUUAACAAUUCAAGACUUUUACAAUGGAACACAAUGUAAUGCUAUGCAGAAAUUUUCAUAUUGGACAAGUAUGGGAUAAUCUGCACUGCAAAUGGCUUUAAAGGCUGAUUUACACGGUACGAUUUGUCGCGCGCGACUAGUAGUAUACGAUUUUCCUACUACAAGUCGUAGGAUUUUAAGCAGUGGUUCAAAAUCCUACUACAAGUCGUAGGUUGCAUGCGAACAGUUGUUGUAGACAAGUCGUAGGCAUUUACACUGCGUGAUUCAAGUCGUAUACUACAAAUCACACGAGACAAUUGUGCCAUGUAAAUCAGCCUUAAGGUGUAGUUUAAAGAAGUGUGGGAGCCCUUUAGUAAAGUGCAUAAAAAGACAUCUGCAAUUGAGGUCAACCUUAAAGGACUAUUGGAAGCUUUUUACAAAGUAUGCAGAUCAUCAAUAAAUGAAUCCAUUUGGUACUAGAUUAUUUCACAUGCAAGAGACCACUCUUAUUAACAUUUUGUAAGCAAAUAAUAUCUAAGUAAAAUAUUCAUUUAGAGCAAAGAGACUGAUUUUUUAAAACAAUAACAGAAAGAAAUAAUACGAAUACCAGUAGUGCAAGUUAAUAAUAUAAACUUUUAAUUUGUGCCCUUUAUAUGCAGCUAAAUAAUAUUGUUCAUAUAAAAUUAGUGUUUGCUAGUAUAUGAUUAUUUCUCUAGCAAGCUUCUGACCUAUCUCUGCUUUGGACAGUAAAUAGUAUAAUUGAUUCUUUGUAAAAUAAAGAGAUUUGAUGAAUGAUA